UCCGCCCAUGUGACUUCCAGUUGAGUCCCUCACAGCUUCCGAGAAACCACAGCACCCUGAACCUCAAGAAAGGCUGAUAACAGCAGUGUGAGGCACAGACUCUGGAAGGAGAGGAAUACAGGCAGAGUCCUCAGGAAAGCAGCAGAGAAAGUGACCACGAUACAAGAGGCAGAACUGAGGAAAGAGUCAAAGCCAGAGGCGAAGAAAAACACUAGGGACCUCACGGAAGUAGGUCUGUAGAGGAUCCACAGGCAGGGGGAGCUGUGAGCCAUGCCCCAUAGCUCUGACAGCAGUGACUCCAGCAGUUUCAGCCACUCGUCUUCCUCCAGCAAACAGGAAUCUUCUGAUGACAUGAAAAAAGUACAAAGAAGAGAAAAGAAUCGCAUUGCAGCCCAAAAGAGCCGGCAAAGACAGACGCAGAAAGCAGAUACUUUGCAUGUGGAGAGUGAAGAUUUGGAGAGGCAGAAUGCUGCUUUGCGCCGGGAGAUCAAACAACUGACAGAGGAACUGAAGCAUUUUUCUGCAAUGCUGACUUCCCAUGAGACUCACUGCUCUGUCCUUCAUACACAAGCACCUGUGCCCUCAGAGGUGCUUUAUACCCCACUCUCCUUCCACCAGACCCACAUCAGCUCCCCAUGUUUCCAGCAUUGAGGCCAACUGCUUGGACUGAGAAAGGCUUGCAGACUCAGUAGAAAGGAAGACAAGGCCUCUUGUGGGUCACAGCUAUGGAAGCGUUACAGGUAUUCCUGUGCUGACUUGACUUUGUUCUGGGACAUUCCGGAGCUACCUGCAGGGAGUUGUGUUUAUGAACUAAAUCUAGACUAAAUGGGAAAGGGAAGAUUGAUGCCAAGAGCAAUUCUUCCCAUUAUCUGGGAGAAAGACAGGCGUAGAAAUGUUUUAAUUAAAUAAUAAACUUUAAAUUGUUUUCACUGGAACACUCAUCACAGAAGCUCAUAUGAUAAAGAAAUGUAGUUUUCUAUUAAUAGGUUUACUAGGUGCUCUGCCACUGGUAUAAAAUAAAGGGAGGCAAGAUUGCUCCACUGUUUUAAAUAAAGUAUUUUAAAAAAA